AUAUCUUUCCUUUUCACCCUUGGCUUGCAUCCAUGCCUUGGCCAUGUUCGGCCAAACCGUAUUAUGGACGCUCAUAGCAUCUCUGGCAACUCGACCCAAUCUUGAAGCCCCAUCAUCUAUACCGUGCCUCGAAACCUCCAACAACUUCACGGCGCUCAUCGACUGCUUCGACGCAUACACCGUCCCCGCACAGUUCUACACGACCGAGAGCCACGCCGCCGCCCAGCCGUCGCGCGAUGAGCUCGCGGCGUGGGUUCAAGUCGUGCACGCCAUGCUCGACUCGUCCAUCUCCGUCUCCGUCUCCGCGCCGCACACGCACCCCGCGAUCCCCGCCGCACUCGCCCCCUCGUACCACCUCGCGACGUUCACCGACGGGCCCACGAAUCGCUCGUACACGGUGCUCUCCGAGCGGUACGCAGUGCGCGGAUACUACGCGCGGGGCUGGGGCCUGUUCGUCGUGCCCACUCCCACGACCGCACCACGGCGCAGGGCGAACGCAUACCUCUCCGCUCCGCACGCGGGGUACGAUCUGUACACCCCGCAGCAGGCCGGGGCGCUUUUCCAUCUGGCGCAGGCGCGCAGCGUCCUAAUCGCGGGGCGCGCGCGGCAGGCACUGCACCGUGUGUCCGCGUGCCAGCCGGCGCGGGGGUACUGGGCGACGGAUCCGGCACACGAUGUCGCCGAGCCGUUCUUCGCUGCGAGCAAGGCCAUCUUCGACUGGGAUCGCGCACAGGAUGUGCGGGCGACGUUUGUGCAGAUGCACGGCAAGGCGCGCUCGUCGUGUCCUAGCGACAUGGCGUUCAUAUCCGCAGGCGUCGGCCCGAGCGUAUUCUACGACACCCCCCUGGCAGCGCCCAUCCACCGGCUCACCGCCGCGCUGAUCAGCCGCUUUCCCGCAUGGCGCGUGUCCACCCCGAACACCUCACCGUGCUCCCUGCUCGCGACGGACAACGUGUUUGGGCGUCUUGUCAACGGGGUCGCGGAGGGGGACGUCUGCGAGACGGUGGCUGCGGAGGGGGACGUGACGGGGAGGUUCGUGCAUAUCGAGCAGGCGAUCGGGGCGCGCAUGGCGGGGGACGGGCAGGCUGUUUGGCAGGGUUGGGCGGAGGCGAUGUUGGAUGCAUGGGGGGAGUAGAUUGGAGGUUGGGAUGAAGACCCUGUUGUGCGACACUAUCACCGCAGUCUUGGGUUACUGAGUGCUUCCAUCUGGCCUGCACCUGAACGAAAGCGUUCUUGCGGAUAUUCCUGGAAUACAUGCGACCCAUCAAGAUGCCGCUGUAUGGUACAUCCCGAUCACGCCUACGACUUACACGGACUAAAAUUAGUACACUACUUUGUUGUUUGAUCCCGACUGGCGCCAAUCCCUGUGCCCCUACUCCACCAUGACGACCAUUUUGCCAGUAUUCGUGCCCUUCAUGACACUGAGCAUGACCUCGCCCACCUUGUCCAGCCCGACGUUGAUAUCCUCCAGCUGCUUCAGCUCCCCGCGCGCGAGCUGCGGGAUGAUCUCCUUCUCGAACAGGCUGACCCACUUGGCGCGCAGGUCCGCGACGAGGAAGCCGAAGAACGAGAGCGACUUGGGUACGAUGUGGCCGGGGUUCUGCGAAGGAGGAAAGCGGGGGUUGUUGGGGUCAGGUGCACGCGAUGAUGGACGCGGAUGGGAGCUCGGAACGGACCUUGAUCGGGAGGGGCGCGCCGUUGUAAUCUGGGGCACGCGGCUAGGGUGAGCAUUGGGAUUCGCACGGGCAAUCCGGCGCUGAUGAGGGGUCACGUACUCGCGAUCAUGCCGCACUCCUGUGUCUCUCCGCAUCAAUGUGCAGCUCUGCGGAGAAGAGGAGGACGCACGAUGAAUAUGGCGUGGCUGCGCGCGUACUCCAUCGCAGCGUCCAGCGAGUCUCCGCCGACGUUGUCCCAGUAUCUGCAUGUCAAAAAAUGCGCGUAAGCGGCAUUCACAACGCGGCGGCGGGCGCACAUAUCGAUCGGGCCCUCUUUCUUGAGGACCUCCCAUGUGUCCGUCGUCUUGUAGUUGAACGCGACGUCGGCGCCGAGCGACUGCAUGAACGC